CGGCUCAUCUUUCUUGAUGUUGAUGGCGUGCUGCACGACGCAGCGCCAGCGUCGGACGCAGAGAUGUUCUGCUGGCUCCCGCUCCUCGCUGAGAUAAUCGAACGCACGGGCGCCGGCGUCGUCCUCUCCUCGAGCUGGCGGGAGUGGCCAAAGGCGGUCGCCUCCGUCUCGGCCGCGCUAGUGACGCGCGGGCUGCCGCCGCUGCUGGGCUGUACGCCCUCCCUUCUAUUCAAGGGCCGCGACGCGGAGAUCGGCGCCUGGCUCCUCGCCAACGAGGCCUCGCUCGCGCCCGGCUGCCGCUGGAUCGCGAUCGACGACAUGCUGAUGCCUACGCUGCAGGCGCAUUUGGUGCGCACGCGCCCGUCUGGGCUCAGGGAGACCGACGUCUUGAAGGCGGUCGAUUUGCUG